AUGGAGAAGAUGGAGCAACCUCCCCACGUAGUGUUCCAUACCAUACCAGCACAAGGCCACAUUAAGCCCUUGCUAUGCUUAGCACAACUUCUAAGCGAAGCUGGCCUUUACAUAACCUUUGUGUUUAGCCACCACUUUCGCAAGUGCUUUGAAAACCUUCCGGAUCUCUCCAAUCAAUCCCCAAAUCUCCACUUUGAGUUCAUCUCCGAUGGCCUACCGGACGAUCACCCUCGAUCCAUUACCUUUGAUUUUUUUUACGAUAUAAAGACGAAAACUAAGCCACACUUGAAAGAUCUGAUCCUCUCCCUCAAUACUCGGUCCCCUCCGGUCAGUUGUAUCAUAAACGACCAAUAUAUAAACUAUCCUCUUGAAGUAGCAGAGGAGUUGGGGAUCCCUUCAUUUACUUUUUGUGCACAUAGUGCUUCUUUUGCAUUGACAUAUUUUAUUAUUCCCAAGCUUAUUGAAGAUGGUCACCUUCCUUUCGCAGAUGACGACAUGAAUCAUGAAAUUAAUGGGGUGCCUGGACUCGAAGGCAUUCUACGACGCAAAAAUCUACCAAUCUUUUGUGCGCUACCGGAUAUUAACAGCCCUGAUUUUCAGUACUUUCUCAACGGGACCACUGGCAUGAUUCCAUACUCUUCGGGUCUUAUAAUCAACACCUUUGAUGAACUUGAAGAUCAAAGCCUUCCUCAACUUGCUAAACACUUUCGAAAAGUUUAUGCAGUGGGACCUCUCCAUGCAUUCUUAAACUCCAAAAUUGGAAAAUAUGGAUCCCAGUUGAUCGGGUCUCAUAUCUCUUUAUGGAAAGCAGACCAAAAUUGCAUUACAUGGUUGGAUUCACAACCCUUGAGAUCAGUUCUUUAUGUUAGCUUUGGGAGUUUGAUCAACAUAUCGGCUUCCCAGUUAUUGGAGUUUUGGCAUGGGCUUGUUAACAGUGGCCAUCCUUUCUUGUGGGUCAUACGGCCAGAUGUGAUAUUUUCAGAAGGCGAGCAAGCUGUGAUUCCUGAAGAACUUAAAAUUGGUGCAAAAGAAAAGGGUUACAUUGUGGAUUGGGCUCCACAAGAAGAAGUAUUGUUCCACCAAGCCGUAGGUGCGUUUUUCACACACUGUGGUUGGAACUCAAUCUCAGAGAGCAUCAUGGCCAGAAUUCCCUUGAUAUGUUGGCCACAAUUGUAUGACCAAUUGAUUAGUUCUGACCUUGUUAGCAAAGUAUUGAGAAUUGGGGUUGAAUUGAAGGCAUGUGAUAGGUCCACUAUAGAGACUACAAUAAAGACUUUGAUGGAAACUAAAAAGCAGGAAUUUCAAAAUUCAGUGAAUAGAGUGGCAAAUUCUGCUCAGGAUGGUAUCGGACAAGGUGGAUCUUCAAAUCAAAACAUAGAAAUUCUAAUCCAACAUAUCAAGAAUAUGAAACUAAAUUAAGAGCCAAAAAUUUACCCCAAAAAAAAAAAAAAAUUAAAAGCCACUAAAAGAUAUAUCUGCAUUUAUUUCUGAAAAAAAUAUAUAUAUG